CCCUGAGCCACACUCACUAAACUCAAACACACAACACAAUGACAAAUUCCACCACCCUUACCCGCCGCAUCACCGGCGUUCGAACCUUCUUCUCCUUCAAAUCAUCCACCACAUCCAAACCUUCCACCACCACAACCACCACCCCUAAAAAAACCCCUCUUCUAUGGAAACCCACCGAAUCUUCUUCCUCAAACGACACCAUUUCUCUGCAACUCCUCUCAUGGGGUCGUGGUUCGUCAGGUCAACUAGGCAUAGGAACAGAACAAAUUCGUCUUUACCCAACCCCAGUUUUCUCUCUCCUCGUCCUUCCUUCGUUCCUUCUCUCCCCAUCUUCCGGCUCUCUCUCUCCUCCAUCGCCGCAAAAAUCAAUGGUGGAGGUCGGAAUCUCAUGUGGGUUGUUCCAUUCUGCGGUUUUGAUUGAUGGGCAGGUUUGGGUUUUUGGUAAAGGUGAUGGAGGAAGACUUGGGUUAGGUCAUGAAAACUCGGUUUUUGUGCCUACUUUGAACCCUCUUUUGAGUGGUGUUAAAGGUUUAGCGCUUGGUGGGCUUCAUUCUAUUGCACUUACCUCAGUUGGGCAACUCUUUAGUUGGGGAUAUGGUGGUUUUGGCGCUCUGGGUCAUACAGUUUACACAAGGGAGUUGGUUCCUCGGCUAGUUGAAGGAUCUUGGAAUGAGAAGAUUAAACACAUUGCAACCAGUGGAACACAUACUGCUUCUAUCACUGAAUCAGGUGAGUUAUACACAUGGGGUCGCGAAGAAGGGGACGGUAGAUUAGGUCUUGGUCCUGGACGUGGCCCUGACCAAGCUGGUGGGCUUAGUGUCCCAUGCAAAGUAGAAGCAUUGCCGGUUCCUGUAGCUGCUGUGGCUUGUGGGGGUUUUUUCACAAUGGCACUGACUGAAGAAGGGAAAGUUUGGUGCUGGGGAGCCAAUUCCAACUAUGAGCUAGGAACAGGUGAUAAAGUGGGUGGUUGGCGACCUAGACUGAUUUCUAGCCUUGAAGAAGUGCAUAUAGUUCAAAUAGCUUGUGGAGGAUAUCAUUCUCUAGCUUUGACUGAGGAUGGUAAGGUUCUUUCAUGGGGACAUGGUGGACAUGGUCAGCUGGGUCAUUCUUCUAUUCAGAACCAGAAGGUUCCCACAAUGAUUGACGCUCUGGUUGACGAGCGUGUUAUCUCAAUUGCCUGCGGAGGUUCGACUUCAGCAGCUGUGACAGAGUCAGGGAAGCUAUACAUGUGGGGAAAUGCAAAGGAUUCUCAGUUAGGGGUUCCAGGGUUGCCCGAGAUAAAUCCUUCUCCUGUCGAAGUGAACUUUCUAAUGGAAGAUGAUGGCUUGGGACCCCAUAGUGUUCUAGCUGUUGCCAUCGGUGCAUCUCAUGCCAUGUGUUUAGUUUCAAGAUCAAGCUGCACAGAAUGAGAUAUGAGUUUUGGUGGAUGUUUUAUCUUCAUUACGGAGAGCGCAAUUAUAGGUAAGCAAACGAUCAACCUUGCAAUCGAGCAAAAUGUAAGUAUGUCUAGAUAAUUGAGAGGAGGAAUUGGCAUGGACCACCUUACCAAGUGGAUUUACUAAAAUGUUCCCUCUUCACAUGUUAUGUGGAGAACAUCUAUCCUUUUAAAAUAAACUAAA